GCCACUCACUGUGAGCGUAAUCUUGAUCUUCUCCCGUGAGACUAUUGAACAGCUUCUCUCAUAUCGGUUCAUUUUCUUCAAAUUUAACUCGGAAAUCUACCGGCCGUCCACGAUCAAGUGAGCCAACUCCCUGCAAUUGUUUACGUUUACCCCUCCCCUAGCCAUGGCUUCGCAAGCUGUCACCACUGCUUUGCAGGAGAUUGAGACAGCGCCUGUUAGCGAUAAACCUUCUCAAUACACCGCUCUCCUUCAGCAGAUCAUCGAUUCUUCAGCCAAUGUGGCUGCCGACCUAAAAGCAUAUGCACAAACUCUCCUCGACGACUCACUCGGCAUAGUCGUGCUCCGACCACUUCUUGCUGCCUUUGUGGACGCCUUCCGGACACUCAAGGAUCCAGAUGCCAAGAUAGAAAUCGGUGAAAGGGUUGUUACGCUACUACAGUCUAAGGGUGUGGGGCAAUAUGAGGAGCAGGAUACACAGAUCAAGCAAGCACUGGCAGAUGCUUUCGAAGAGAACGAGGAUUACAGGCGGUCUGCACAGACACUAGCUACCAUCAACCUAGAAUCCACCCAAAAGUCCGUCACUCCUGAUGAGAAGGCCAAAGUAUGGAUCCGCAUAGUGCGGUGCUACCUGGAAGAGGACGACCCAACGAGCGCGUACACUCACCUUAACAAGAUUAAGAACAUCAUCUUCAGUGUCCAAGACAAGGCGACCAAGGUCAUGUUCCAUCUUAGUCAAGCCCGUAUCCUCGAUUCGCAACGCUCCUUUCUGGAUGCUGCGCAAGCCUACUACGGCAUAAGCAAUGAGCCACUGGUGGAUAGUGAGGAGCGAGAUGGUUUCCUUGGACGGGCCAUCAUCUGUACAGUCCUUGCACCAGCAGGUCCCCAGCGAGGGAAGAUGUUGGCCAAGCUAUACAAAGAUGACAGAGCCAGUUCUGCGGACGACUUCGCAAUCCUUGAGAAGAUUUUCUUGAACCGUCUGCUUACGCCUGCUGAAAUUAAAGCCUUCUCUGCUAAGCUGGAUCCGCACCACCUUGCACGAGGUUCAGACGGCUUGACAGUAUUGGACAAGGCUAUUCUCGAACACAACCUAGUCGGCGCAUCAAAACUAUACAACAACAUUGGGUUCGACCAGCUUGGUGAGCUGUUGGGCAUCGAUGCAGAAAAGGCCGAAGACUACGCAGCCAAGAUGCUGGAGCAAGGUCGUCUUGCCGGGUACAUUGACCAAAUCGACCGUUACGUCUUCUUCGAGGGAGAGGCAAGUGGAGAGCGCAAGACGGGCCAUGCAGAGCGAGUAGUAGGCAAGGAGCUACGCAAAUGGGACGCCAACGUGACUGGAUUGGCAGAGGAGGUAGAAAAGGUCACAUCGAUGAUCCAGAACCAACAUCCAGAUUUCUAUGCGGCGCAGGUGGUGCAUUAGACGUAACGGUCUAGGGAACAGCGAACUUGGUCAGAGAUUAUUGAAGCAUAAUUAGCGUAUGGGGAUCACACAAUACCCAACUGUAAUACUAGUCACGAUACAGAACAUAGCAUUCAGACUUAUCAAGUGCGAAUCUUGU